AUGGAACAUUUUAAAGAACAACAGAUAGUCCGAUGGCUAGAAGAAGAGUCCGAAGAUAGUGUGGAUGUUCCGAUCGAUGAAACAUCAGAUGGUGAGAAUUCUGAUUAUGGACCUGAUGUUAUUGAAGAAAGUUCUCAUGAAACCGACUCUGAGGAAGACGGUAUAUCGGAUCCUGAACUGCCCGAAGAACUAGAUUCUGACGACGAUGAUGAAGAUAAUGUUCCACUCGCCCAACUAAGAACAUCGAACCAUUAUGUUGUUCGUCGGAAACUACGCAAUGGAAAUACUGAAACGAUAUAUCGCUGCAAGAAAACUGCUCCCAAUCCCUCAGUUAGAACCUGA